AGUCAGUGUGUAUGUUGUCUUGGACCGCAUCGGCCGCAGGCAUUGUCAGGCAUGGACUCUGAUUGGAACGGGAGGCAUGAUUGCUCUGAAUGCAGCCAUCCCUGCAGAGCAUGGGCAUCUCCGGUCGGCGGUGGCCAUUUUGGGCAAGGGUUUCUCAGAAGCCUCUUUCACCACUGUCUUCCUCUACACAGCUGAACUUUUCCCAACAGUGGUCAGGCAGAGUGGUGUUGGCUGCUGUUCAUUCAUAGCACGGUUGGCCAGCUCCAUAGCUCCUCUGAUCAUGCUGCUAGAUGACACCUGGAGAUACCUUCCUCCCUUGAUAUUCAGUGUGGUGGCACUGGUGUCUGGGACGGUGGCCUUUCUGCUAACAGAGACAACCAACAUCCAGUUGCCAGAGACAAUCGAAGAUGUGGAAGAUGGCAGAAACAAAAAGGCAUUGGGAACCCAAGUACACGGACAAGGCAUGGAUGGAGCAAUCCCUCUUGGGCUGAUGAGUCAAACUGGCACAGAUGCUCCCCUCUCUCAGCGACAGGAAGCCAGCACUGAGUGCAACGGGAAACAACACUGUAAUCAGACAUUGCUGGCCAACGGAAUGGACGCUGCUGGAUGCUCGGAAAAAGUCUGAUAUAAUGGGAACUGGGUGCUAAUUGGAGCUGAAAGCCAAUAAGAGGAUAACACUGUCGUGAAGUUAAAUGCCACCGUAUGGCAUUUUAGUUUGUUUUCAGCUUUCAGAGAGGGCCGAAUCUGAUACACUUACCCUAUUUGCCGACAUGUGUGAUGAAAUAAAGCGUUUGGGAUAUAUUGUGCCUGCUAGACAGGUGUGAUUGUGUGUGUGUUUGUGAACAGGAAGAGGGUAAAAGCCCCAAUAAAUUUAGAAGCACUGA